UGUUACUUCCUCUUGUAGCUGUACAAGCCUGCAGUUCUCCACAGGAUAUCUGGGUAGAAAGGAAAUCAUCACUCCGAUGCUUUUUCUAAAGAAGGAACAUAAAUCUUCAAAAUGGGAAGUAACAGCACAAACAGUACAAGAGCAAAGUGCACUGAGCUUCAAAUGCCAUUUCAGUACUCACUCUAUGCAACCACCUACAUCAUCAUAUUCAUCCCUGGUCUUCUGGCCAACAGUGCAGCCUUGUGGGUUUUGUGUCGUUUCAUUAGCAAGAAAAACAAAGCCAUCAUUUUCAUGAUCAACCUCUCUGUAGCUGACCUUGCUCAUGUGCUGUCCUUACCUCUUCGGAUUUACUAUUAUGUCAAUCACCACUGGCCUUUCCAGAGGGCCCUUUGCCUGCUGUGCUUUUACCUGAAGUAUCUCAAUAUGUAUGCCAGCAUUUGCUUCUUGACAUGCAUCAGCCUUCAGAGGUGCUUCUUUCUUUUCAAGCCAUUCAGAGCCAGAAACUGGAAGCGUAGGUAUGAUGUGGGCAUCAGUGCUGCCGUCUGGGUCAUCGUGGGGACUGCCUGUUUGCCACUUCCCAUCCUGAGAAGCACUGGCUUAGCUAACAACAGUGAAUCCUGCUUUGCUGAUUUGGGGCUUCACAAUGUUAGCAUAGCUUCCUCGAUAGGCAUGGUAACCGCAGCUGAACUUGGAGGGUUUAUACUGCCUGUGGUAAUUAUUACCUGUUGUACAUGGAAAACAAGAAAAUCUUUACAAGAAGUUCAAGUGCCCCUUCAGAAUACCAAAGAAAGGAAAAAGGCUUUGAGGAUGGUCCUGACGUGUGCAGUGGUGUUCAUUUUGUGUUUUACCCCUUAUCAUCUCAACUUCCCAUUCUUUAUGAUGGUGAAGCAACAGGUGUUCUCAAACUGCUCCUUUAUUAAGAGCACUCUAUGUUUCCACAUCAUUUCACUGUGUCUUGCAAAUCUCAAUUGCUGUCUUGACCCGAUUGUAUAUUAUUUCAUGACCUCAGAAUUUCGUAAUCAAUUUUCCCAACGUGGCAACUUGGUUAUUCAGUCAUGUGUGAGAUGCAAGGACAGUGCUUUGGAAAUUCAGCAAAGGAAAGAAGAUCUUCAAACUAUCUCUCUUGAAUGUUUGGAUGAUUUCAAGACAAUGUAA